GCCUCCCCGCGCCGCCAUGUCCGGCCCCGGCAGCGGCAGCGGCGAGUUCGGGAACCCGCUCAGGAAAUUCAAGCUCGUCUUCCUGGGCGAGCAGAGCGUUGGGAAGACCUCUCUGAUCACCAGGUUUAUGUAUGACAGUUUUGACAAUACUUACCAGGCGACCAUUGGAAUUGAUUUCCUGUCCAAAACGAUGUAUCUUGAAGACCGCACGAUCAGGCUGCAGCUGUGGGACACAGCCGGCCAGGAGAGGUUCCGCAGCCUCAUUCCCAGCUACAUCCGUGACUCUGCUGUGGCUGUCAUUGUCUUUGACAUCACAACAGGUUCGGCUGCAGCUCUGGGACACAGCCGGCCAGGAGCGGUUCCGCAGCCUCAUUCCCAGCUACAUCCGCGACUCCACUAUUGCUGUGGUGGUCUAUGACAUUACAAACUUGAAUUCUUUCCAGCAAACCUCCAAGUGGAUUGAUGAUGUCCGGACAGAGAGAGGAAGCGAUGUCAUCAUCAUGUUGGUGGGGAACAAAACUGACCUGGCAGACAAGAGGCAAAUCACCACGGAAGAAGGUGAACAGAGAGCCAAAGAGCUGAAUGUGAUGUUCAUUGAGACCAGCGCAAAGACUGGAUACAAUGUGAAACAGCUUUUCCGCCGCGUGGCUGCUGCCUUACCUGGGAUGGACAGCACACCAGAGAAGAGCAAAGAAGACAUGAUCGACAUCAAACUAGAGAAGCCUCCUGAGCAGCCAGUCACGGAGAGCGGGUGCUCUUGCUAACAGGCCUGUUCUCUAGCAGCACAUUCCCAACCCGGCCAGUCUCACUGAAGAACAUCACAGCUCAUUGGCUAGGCAACCCUACUUUGGGGGCUGAACAACCAAUCUACUAAGCGAGCAAACUCCCUGUUUACGGGUGGGGAGCAGCCCCUCUUACUGCAUGGUAUGAGCCCUGAGUGCAGAAUGAGUGUCCUGUCUUUUCUUUUUUUAUGUUGUUGCACUUUGGCACUGUGGUGGUGCCCUUUACACUCUCUCUCUUCCUCUCCUCCUCCCCCUCUUCCCUACCUGGAGCCUGUCCUCUCAGAUGUAUCUUGUGAAUGCAAUGGAAAAGCCACCAAGUUAGGGAAGACAAAAAAAAUUAAGCUUGGGGGUGGGCUUUCCACCUUUCUUACUGCCUUGCAUCUUAACUAGUUCCCUGUCCACUCCAGCCCUGUCUUUGUCCUGCAUCCCCACUUUCUCUGUGGAAAGGCUGCUCCUUUUGAACCAGUCAGUUUGACUCGGCCUUGCCUUUUUUGGACAAUACAGGUUAUCUGUUUCUAAGCUUUUGCUUCCUGCAGGGCACACACAAUAUUAGCUCUUCAAUUUCUCCUCUCUGUGGAUGAUCUUGGCUAAUUCUUGCUCACGACUUCUGAGUUUUGCCCCCUCGUGUUACACACAGCACUUGGAAACCCCCAAACUCUGAUAGCUUUGGCCUUGUUGCUCCCAUUUGUGUAGCAGAGACAUCCAACAGACUGCUCUCCUCAAUUGGAAUACCUUCCCAUCCAGAGGGUGUUGGUGCUGGGUGAGGGGUGCCUGUCAGCUCUGGGGAAGGAAGAGGGCACAGAGGCUUUGCAGCAUGAACCUGGGUGGGGAGAGACCCUCAGGGUGGUUUGUAGGCCUGGGUCCUAUCAACAGGAAAAGCAAGCAGUUCCCUGGAAUCCAUCAUCACUACGGGGCAAUCCCUGCCCUGGGAGUCAGGGAUGCUGUGCAGGCUCUUCUCCCAGUCACUGUUCUCCUGGUCCUUGUCACGUAGACUGGGAGCUUCUUCACAAGGAGCAGGGGAGCUUCAGCAGGUGGCAGGGCAGUGAGUGCAGCUCUGCUCUCCUGCCUAGGUUGCUGCUGCAUGAAAUUGUACCCAGCUGCUUCUGCCUCUCUAGGAGACUUCUGGGGGAUGGAGCUGGGAGCCAUUUCACUUUUGGGGUAGUUUCAGCAUUGCCAAAGCAGAGAUGAGCAGUGCAGGAAUUUGUCAGACCUGGGUAGAGGAGAAACAGCUGAAGUGACUCCUGGUGUCACUUCCUCACCUCGCUAGCUGGGCACUGUCCUCUGCCCCUGGGUCCUGAUGACAUCAGUAGAGCUUCUCAGAGACUUGCUGGGGGUUGUUCAUCCAUCUGUGCUAACCAGAAGUCUGCAGGCUUGUUGAGAGCAAGGGGAAUAAAGCCAUGGAUGGCUCCAAGCCCCUCACUGCUCUGUUCAUCACCUGGCCUGUGUCUCGCUGGCGGGCAGGAGCAUGACUGACCGUGGUGUGACAGGUGGGGACAACAGUGUCUGGUGGUGGGUGACACCCCUGGCAGGAUGGCUGUGGUCACUGGCACAGCCUGUAGGUGUCGAGGGUGGGAAGGGGCAGCCAAGGGCCGGGAGCUGGCAGUCCCCCAGGGAGCUGGCAGUCCCCUGGCAGCAAGUCACCCAUCUGCUGGUGACUGACCUUUUGUUCCCCAGAGCCCUGCCCCUUCCCCUCGGGCCGAGCUGGCCUGCAGGAGGAAGCAGGGAUGUUGUUGCCCAUUUCACUCUGGAGUGUCCCCCCUUUUCCUACAGUCCCAGCUGGCAGAGCUGGGUCCCAGUGCCAGCAGGAAGCUCAGCCCCCUCCUCUGUACAUAGCCCUGUUGUGUGGGAAUUGCUGAUGUUUGUCGGUGUGUCCGUGUCUGCUGUAGAACAGGUUUUGCUGUCCCCUUCUCACAGGCAGGUGUGAGCUGCUCUGCUGUCGUGUUGUUCUGAGUCACGGACCGGGGGGGA